GCCAAAUCGCUUACGCACCUCGCCGCAAACAUGUCCAACCUCAUCGACGCCGAAGCUGGGACGGAGCGCUUCAGCGGCUACGAAGCGGAGCUGAAGCUCGUACAAGCCGACCUGUCCCAGCAACUCGAGCAGAUCAAAGAGACGACUGGCGAACCGCGCAAAGCCGCCAUCAGCCGCGCCGAGCGCGCCCUCGAAGAAGCCAAUGAGUUGAUUGGGCAAAUGCGCCUCGAGAAGUCCAAUAUCCCAGCGUCGUCAAAGUCAAAGUACAACACGCGCUUCCGCAACUACGAAAGCGACCUCGACGCCACCAAGCGCAAGCUCGACGCCUACACAAACGAUCGCAGCAAGCUCUUCGGCGGCCGCUACACGGAUAACCCCGACACGGAUGCCCAGCAGGAUCAGCGCCAGCAGCUGUUGUCUGGCACCGACCGUUUGAAUAGGAGCUCGGGCCGCCUGCGCGAGAGCCAGCGCAUUGCCCUCGAGACGGAGCAAAUUGGCGCCGGCACACUGAGCGACUUGCACAGGCAGAGGGAGCAGAUUACGCAUACAAGGGAGCGCUUGCUAGAGAGUGAGACGUACACGGAUCGCAGUAUCAAGACACUGAGGGGCAUGGCGAGAAGGAUGGCCACAAACCGCAUCAUCACCAUCGCCAUCAUCACCGUGCUGGUCCUGCUUAUCAUUGCUGUUAUUUUCAGCAAGUUUAGAUGAUUGUAUUCUCUGAUCUCGUUUUGCAUGGCGUUUGGGAGUACAUUGUAAUGGAUAACAUGGGUUGUGGGAACUAAGGUCGUGAUUUUGGGAUCUGUGACAGAAUAAAGUCCGUUUCCUUGCGCAUAUGAAUUAUUUACUCCAUAAGUGAAGAAAUAGGCAAU